AUGACAAAGACACCGAUGGGAUCAUUGAGCAGCCUGCUCUCCUUGCUCACUCUUCUCAUUUUCACCAUUACCAACACAUUGGCGCAGUCCGAACCAGAGAUAUGCGAUAGCUCUUCAAUCACAAUAACUACACCCCGACAGUUAUUAGAACUAUCGAAUUGCACGGAGUUAAUAGGCGAUGUAAUAUUCAAUAAUAUCGAUAGCGUCGAGCUAAAUCUUUACAAUGUCACCGCUAUUCGAGGGAUGUUCCAGAUCCACCUGGCCAAUAGGACACAGAGAUUCUCGGCACAAAAUCUUACUAUGGUCGGGAACCUUUUCAUGAUCGCGGGUAACGCCGAUGGUUCGAAUAUGAGAGAUAUUUCGAUGCCGAAAUUUAACAGUACUGCGGGAAUCGACUUCACCGGUAUGCCGAAACUGCGAGAGUUGGAGUUUCCGUCGAGGGUAAAUAGCACGUACCCCGCCAUAAGGAUCACGAUUAUGAAUACUGGACUUGAGAGUAUAGAAGGUAUCGGUAUCGACUUUACUCAGGUCCAACAAGUUUACUUCGGCGGGAACCCGAAUCUGAAGAGUAUCAAGCUCGGUCUCAAUACGAUCUCGACGAACCUGGAUCUCGAUGGCACUGGGGCAAGCCCCAAUGUCUCGUUUCCAGAACUGGAAUAUCUGAACACGGCCAACAUUCAUGAAGUCGGUAGCCUUGAUUUCAAAAAACUCAAAUCCAUGGGGGGUGCACUAGGAGUUUAUGAUUCCGCAACUUUGGAGACGUUAUCGAUGCCACUCUUGAAAAAGAUUGGAACACGAACUCUCAGCGUCCUCGCUAUUGCGAAUAACUCGGGCCUCACAAAUGUACUAUUCCCUGAGCUCGAAGAGAUUACUGGGGGUGUGACAGCAGAGGGCAAUAAGAACUGGAGAAGGCUCAACGGAUUCCCAAAGCUGAUGAGAGUAACCGAUGAUAUCGACAUGAAAGGCACUUUUACGCUGAUUGAAUUCCCGAUGUUGUACAACCUUACCGGAAACUUCGAAGUUGUCUCAUCUGCCGGCCUGAAAUAUGACUGCAAGGAUCUAUUAAGGAUGAAUACUGAUACCUCGAAAGCAUUUGUCUGCGAUCCUUACGGAACAAACGUAUUCAGAGCGGCAGAUUUACCCCCAGAAGAACAGAGCAAGCACGAUGAUGGUGAAUCUGGUCUUACGGGUCCCAAAAUAACGGGAAUUGCCAUCGGUUGUCUUGCUUGUGUCGUAGUCCCGUUGAUUCUGAUACGUUUCAUCGUCGGGAGGAGGAGGAAGGCCAGACUACGCGAAAGGAAUAUCUAUAACCACAACUUCGGACCACACGAACUCGGAAGCAGGAGUCUGCCUAGCUCAAGGGCGGAGUUACCAAGCCAUGCUAUGAGCGAGACCUACGAGAUUGCCCCUGCGAAGAUACGGCAGGAAUUGAUGGGUGACAUUCCAUUACAUGAAUUGGAUACUAUGUCCGAACAUAAGAAAAAUCCGGAUAUUACGGAGACACCGGUACCUGAUAGCCCGAUAGAGCGGGUUUCUACGGGAGCUGGGGGACGAUUUGACUCUGAUGUCUCAAGACUGGAGUCGGAUAUAUCGAGUGAGGAUGAAUACACGGAUUCGAUAAUCCAUGCAUACGGGGACCCGGAAAUGGAUAUGAAACCAAAGAAUAUGAUUCCUUGA